AUAUCGUUUUCAUUUUACUAUUUUUGCAUAAAAAAAAAAAAAAAAAAUGAGGAAUAUUUCUCCUGUGAGAAGAUGAGCAAGUGUCUACACAUCGAUGUGAAGCAGCAUUUGAAAAUGGAGGAGAUUCCAUAUAAUCGGAUUGUUCUUUUUUGUAGAUACUCUUACACUAAUAAAAUUUAUUUACGACCGACAAGCAGCUCGGAUGUAUACGAUCUGCAUGAACUGUUCAGAAAAUAUUCACAACAAACUGGAGGGGAUGAAAAUCACUAUCUUAUUUACAACCUUAUUGAGAAAAAAACUGAUGAAGAUAUCCUCCUAUCAAUACUUAACAAUAAGAAAAAAAUUAUUGGCUUCGUUUGGCUAAAGAAAAACAUAGACGUUAAUGUCCUUGUCAAUCUGUACAAUUUGAAGGGCUACAACUAUAUGCUGCGACGGAAAUUUUUUCAGGACAUUGCCCCAUCCUUGGUUCCUUUCUCCGAAGGGACGAAAAAUCUCAACAAAAAAAAAAAAAAUCUGUUCAUCCAAUUUAAGCAAUUCAUUUUGAGCCAAAUCAGCGUUGAGUGCGAAGAGGACCUGGACAAGAAGCACGAAAUCGAUGCGGAUGUUAUUUAUGGCUACUUACGGGAACAUUUGAUGGAGGACGUGGAGGAGUACGCCGAGUAUUUUGCCAAAAAGGAUUUAGACACACGUGUGAUCCUGCGGAACAUCUACAGCAAGCUGCAGUACGACUAUGAAAACUGCUCGCAGGACCCGGACAACCGCAGCGUCAAUUUUGCACUGAUGAACAGGCUGGUCAACCUGUGUGCCCACAUAAGCUACUCUGAUGUAAUGCGAACGAGGAGUUACAAAUUGGAAAAACGUGGCAUACACAUCGCCAAAGUCAGCGCCAAAUUUCAAAGCCAUUUCGACAAGGUCGAGAUGCUCUACUACGACUUCAACACGGACAAGACGUACAAAAAGAUAUACGACAAAGUAUGGAGGAAGAAGGCGGGCAUAAAGACUGACGAGGGGGGAGAACACGGUACAGACGAGGAGGGAUCCAUAAGGGAGAGAAUAAAGUGCAACCAGUUUGAUGCAAAAAAAAUCAACAUCAUCAAGCUGAACUGCGACAAUAGCGGCACGAGCAAGUCGGGAAAGAGCUCCAAGGAGGUGGUGAACCUGUCCUACUUCGACAUAUUCCUUCUCCUGCAGAAUAUCUACCCGGAGAUCUUCAAAAAGAACGAGAUCAUCCUUCUCUUUCUUUUCCUCGACUUGUACGAGUUGAUCACCGUGGAGGAGUCGACCCCGUUUGAUUGCGUCUCAUUCAAGCUCUACCUGGACGAACUGGUGGACAUUAAGAAAAACUACUUCAUCUGCAAAUACAAGCACAUAGACUGGCUGAGCAGUUUGAGUGAAAAGGAGAAGAACGCCUUUUCGUUAAACUUGUUCAUUUUGAAUGACAAGGUGGGUUGGGAGCGGCAGGAGAGAGGCAUAAAAGCGGAAGGAGAGUGGCAGAAAAGCGGAAGGAGAGUGGAAUACGACCCAACGAGCACACACUACCAGCAUCACUGCAAAGACGUGCUGCUGAAGAUCGAGAAGUACUACGAUGAAGUGGACUAUGUUGUCGCCACCAACAACGAGCGAGGGAGAAUCCCUCUCAUCUUAAAUUACUUCAAUCGCGUGAAGAAGAAAAAAAAGACAAACACUUUGGAGUCGUUGUAUCUGAAAGCCUUCGAUUUUAAGGACGUCAUCCUGAGGAACGAGAAUCGGGAAGAGAAGCACUUCCUGCUCUCCUUCUUUUUGUCCAUAAUUAUUUUCAAGUUUUACGACAAGCGUAUUAUCCACAACAUUUUGGGAAUGACGAAGGCCUGUUCGUGCCAGAUCGCCGUGGGAGACAACACCUACAGCGACGUCUACAAGCACUUCAAGUUUCUGUUUAUAAAGGAUAACAGUGUGAGUGUGUUUAAGAAGGAGUCCCCCAUGUGUAAUGUAGAAGCGAGUCAUAACCAUAUGGAUGGCAACAGACCAAAGAACGAACACCAAGAAGGGUUUUACCUCGUGAUGACGAAGCAAAUGUGUCUUAAAAAAUAUACAAAUAUAGAUCAUAACAUCGUUUUUUGGGGAAUCAAUGACAUAUCCCUUAGUGUGAUAUAUAGACUUAUGACAAACAAUGAGUAUUUUUUUAAUAACCUAAUUAUAGUUAGUCCUUAUAGAAAUAAUUUUUUGGAAGGAACCAUUACUGAGGUAAUAGAAAAAGACGAUCAUAGCUGUAACACUAUCAAAAACUGGAGCUUGGAAAAUCUAGCCAUGUAUAAAAAGCUAUCUAAUUUAAUGAUAAAACAAAGAAGAGAAAAAAAAAUCGAAUUGAAUAAUAAUCAAUUUAUUUUUUAUGAUUAUUUAUUUAUUUGCUUUGAUAAAGAAGACAUUAGUACUUAUUCGUUCCAACUGAAUAGCUAUGAAAUGGGGAAGAAAAAGAAUUUCAAUUUUAUCGAGAGGAAUAAGAGCUCUGCUUGCCCAAAUGAAUGCUUUGACUUUUUGACUAAGGCGAAGGAUUACGAGAAGUUCGAGUCGAGCGAAUGGCCUGCAAAGGAGCUAUCCGUCGAGAGGGGCACUCUUCGGAGGGGUACACCUAGGAGGGGUACUCCUCGGAGGGGGAUAUAUCGCCAGAACAGGGUGAAGAGGCAGCAUGUGGCGGGAAAUUCGGACAAAGCGGGCAAUUCGGACAAAGCGGGCAAUUCGGGUGAGACGGUGCGGGCUGCGGCGCGUCCCUCCGCGGAGAGGAAAAACGUGGAAGGGUUGUUCAGCAUCAGCGACCCCUUCUUGGAUAAAUACUUCGACAAAAACAGCACCUACAUGACCGUAGUGAAAAACUGCGUAAGUUACAUCGUCAUCUAUAGUGAUAACAUGGACAUCCUCACCGUAGUUAAUUUUUUUCUGAGAAACGGAGUCAACUCGUAUAAGCUGUUAAUUGUAUCACCACACACAUGUGCCAAGUGCACUGAAAAAAAUCCAAAAAAUAAUUUAAGGGAAAAAAUAUCUACACAUAGACUCUAUUACCAACACAAAGAACACCUGAAGAAAAAUUACAUAAUAUCUGAUGAGUCACUUAAAAAAAAUAGUUAUCACAAGAAUUGCGUACCUGAUAACGUUAAGCAUGUCCUAAACAAAGUAUUUGUCCUUUUUCAUUUUCUAAAAAUACGUAUCAUCCAGGGAGAGAUCAUUGCCAUUAAGAAGAAUAAGCAGAACCGCCUGAAACACGUCGUGGUUCGCUUUUGCAAGCAUGGGAAGGUUGAUCCGACCUUGGUGUCCGCUCAGAAGUUUAUUUUCAGGAACACCGUGUUGAUUCCCUGCAGGGUUUUGCUCUGUUCCUACGUGUUCAACAUCAGCAACCAUCUACACUAUGUGCUCAAUAAGGCCUCCAUAGUGUACAACGACCGCAUCUGUGUGAAUCAUAAUUUUCAAACGAACGACAAAUUUAUCUUCAGCGCCGGAGAGCUAUGUGCAUUUUCGAGUAAAUAUCGAAUAGGAAAAGAGAACGUAUUAAACCACGAGCAGUACAAUGGUAGCGAAAUUGGGAAGCUCGUAAGCAAAAGAUUUUUAAGUAUUAUUAUUGAGAAUGUUCGUUUGCCGUGUGAUUUUUCAGAAUCACAGAAAAGCGUGAGUGGGGGGCAGCAUGAGGGGAAGAAGAAUUCCAUCAGUGGGGUGUCCACAAAUGGGGGGAAUGUCCAACGUGGUGAAAGAUGCCAUGAUGACGAUAGCUACCUGCAUGGGGAUGAGGACAACCCUGUGGAUCUGUACAGAAGGCUGAAGGUGUUCGAGAAGCCCAUUAUCCACUUCAGCUGCCUUCCUUGCGAUUUUUACUUCUAUCAUUUCCAAGCGCCCACGGGGGACCUCUGCAAGUUCCACGACCCGUGUGCCGCGGGGGAGGGCAGCAUCUGCAGUGCAGGCCUUGUUGGCGGUUUAGGCAAUGGUGGCGGUUUAGACAAUGGUGGCUGCUUAAGCAAUUCUGGCUGCAUCGGCAGUAUCGGCCGAGUAAACUCCACGAGCCACAACGCAACUGCGGGGACGCACUCGACGAAUGUGUAUAACGAAGCCUUCCUGACGGACACCCUAAAGAUAUGCGUGCGCAGGGACAUGCAGCUAAGCGAGCGAUUCAAAGUGAAGCACUUCGAGGUCGCCAGCAACAUCAGCACGGAGGGGUACUACUGUAGGGUCACGACGAAUAAGUUUAACCUGAUAAAUUCGUUCACGUACUUGGGCCGCCAAAAGCUCAACUUCCACAACCUGCACAAACUGUGCAAUAUGUCAAUCAACUAUUUCUACGCGAUUCUAAAAAGCAUAAAGAACUACCCGAACUAUGACAUUUUGAGCUUGCUGAGUGAGGAGAGGGAGAAGUCCAUUUUUCACUACAAGUAG